AUGCUUUCCCAGCUAGGCUCCGUUAAGGUUCUAACCAAAGAACGUGCAGGACAGAAGCCGCGAGUGCUGAUUUGUGAUGGGUUUGGGACGCAUGAAACUCUCGAAGUCCUGGAGUUCUGUUUUGCGAACAAUAUCACGCUGUGUCGCCUCCCUUCUCAUACUUCCCAUAAGCUGCAGCCCUGUGACAUCUCCGUGUUCGGUCCGCUCAAAGCAGCCUAUCGAGAUCAAGUCGAACGUCUGGAACGUGGAGGCGUGGGGACGAUCGGAAAGGAGCACUUUACGUAUCUGUACAACCCUGCGCGUGAGCGUGCCUUCACGUCGCGGAAUAUACGAUCGGGCUGGGCCAAAGCAGGCCUGUUCCCGUUCGAUCCGGCCAAAGUAGUGAAAGACUUACCUCAGGCGAAUAUCAGACCAGCAGGACUGGCGCCUGGCGCGGUACAGCAAGAUCCGGUUUCCCACGGCCCGACGCCGCACACUCCGGUAACACCCAAGACUCCCGUGACUCCCGUAUCGGCGGAAGGGGUUCACGCCCUGCACAAUCUGAUGAAGCACGAUACCGACACGCUCGACGUGACGCGUCGGCAGCUUUUCCAGAAACACCUCGUGAAGCUCACUAAUGCAACACAUCUGUCGUUCGCCGAACGCGCCCUUCUUCGAGAACAGAAUCAAUUUUUGGCGAAGAUUAAUAAUGAAGCGAAAGCCCGUCGAUCGACCAAGACCGAGAUUAUCGGAACGGCAAGAGUGAUAAGCUACGAAGACUUGGCACGAGCACGAAUGGAUCGUGCCCUGAAAGAGGCUAAGAAGGAGGCAAAGAAAGCCGAAAAAGAGGCCAAGAAAGCUAGCAGCGCUAGGUCCAGGCUAAAGCCGCUUGCACCUAAUAGCGAAACCCAAGAUAUCCGUAAUACAGAAGCGUUGCGGGUCGGCAUUGAGGCUCAAGAGGGUCGAUUCAUGCCGGGGCCAUAUAGGGCUCCUAUGGCGCGGAUGUAG